CUGGCCCAGACAAGGCAUCAGAACAGGAGUUUCAAGAAUGUGGGUCAGAUGUCGCUGAGGAAAUCACAGCAAAACGUCACAGAGAAUUUAUUGUAUUUUUGUGGAACAGUAUUCUGUACCAAUGGCUUCCUUUUUAAUGGACUUUGUGUGGUGUUUGCUCCCCAUCCUGCUCCUCCUGCUGCUGUCUCUGGCUCUCCGUUGGCCCAGGGCAUACUCCUGGACACGGCUGGCUGUCAGGGCUGCAUGCUGGAGACUCUGGGUCAUAAUUUGCCUGAUCUUGGAGCUACCACUGGACAAACGAACAAUACCACGGACCAAAGAGGCCGGAUCAGCAGAGAGAGAUAUUUUGUCAGGGUCAAGUCAGGUCUCAGAUGGCCCCCAGCUCAUCUGCAAAGCAACUGCGUUGGCCAAAUAUCUGCUCCGCCACUGCGACUCUCUGGCUAGGCCAAGACUGGCCCCGUGGCCCAGAGGAGAUCCUCACUUCCAGACUCUGUCCAGCCUGCUUUUUGGACAACAUGGGGACACAGUACAGUUCACUAGAGACCACCUAUUACUAAAAGACGGAGGCAUUGUAGCUCUGGACUGGGCUGUGGGAACCAGACAGGCUGAGAGGAAGAGGUGGGAGGGGAGGAGGGAGCACCAGCCAGGGGGGAGGAUACCUGGCUGCGUCACCUCAAACCCUCCUGUCCUCCUCCUCAUCUCACAGUUUUGGGGAGGGAUGACCCCCCACCUAAAGAUGCUGUGCCAUCAGGCCAUACGUCAGGACUUUUAUGUGGUGGUGUCUCACCCUCGAGGCACAGCGGAGUGUCCACUGACCACAGCUCGACUCACUGAGUUUGGAGACCCAGCUGAUCUCGAGCAGGUGAUAACAUAUGUCCACAGCCGCCACCCAUCCUCUGCUCUCUUCGCUGUGAGUGAGGGUUCAGGCUCAGGGAUUCUUCUUUCCUACUUAGGGGAGAGCGGAUCAGGUUCUUACCUGACCGCAGCUGCAGCUAUCUCACCUGUUCUCCUGGGCCAGCAGUGGUUUGAAACGGCAAUGCCUCCGAUUUACCACUGGGGGAUUUUGUUCCAGCGGAAAAUGCAGCUCAGAAGAUAUGCCGAAUCCUUCAGAGGGGUGCUGGAUGUGGAUCGGGCUCUCAGCUGCUCCUCUCUUAGAGACUUUGAGGAAACUCUCGCCUGCUCCUCAUCCCAGCUUCAGCAAACAAAAACAAGUUCUGGACUGACCCCAGGAACCUCCUUGAAGGGUCUGGCCCCCUCAGCGGCCUGGGAGCUGGGUGAGAGGGCUUACCCAGCCAAGGACUGGGACGGCUACUGGGAGAGGAACGAGCCUCUCAGAGACGCAGACGAGGUAGCGGUGCCUGUGCUCUGUGUCUGCAGCUGUGAUGACCCCCUCCUUCCACCUGCAUCGUCUUUGCCCCUUCCCCUUUUCAAGAGCAAUCCUUACUUCCUGCUGGCGUUGACGGACAGAGGAGGGCACUGUGGGUUCACUUUAGAGGGCAAAGAAGAGGAGAAGGAGGGAGGGAGGACAGGAAACGAAGAGGUUGAGGAGGACAACUGGAGUCAUUUUGUAGUUCUGGAGUACUUCAGAGUGGUUGCUGAUUUCCUGAAAAAGGAGGAGAGGGAAAAUGCAAUGUGGGAUGCUGCAGCAGAUUUUAGUCUGGCUGGGCAGUUAAGCAGGAUCAGCAGCAUGGCUCCCCUUCGCAAGAGGAGAAACCCUGUGAUGAGGAGACCUAGACCAAUGGCAGCUCAGCAGAGCAAUGUGGAGGAAGAGGAGAACUUCACCUGGAAGAGGUCCUACACACGCUGAGAA